AUGGAUGCAGAUAUCUCCCCUCCUCCAUCCAAACGGCGCAGACUCAUGCGAGACAGUGAGACUAGCGAAACUGCGCCAAAUGAGAUAACAGAACGACGAGAGAGCGCUAACGCGCAGUAUAUUUGGGUGUAUUCGUGGAAUAUAAAUGGCAUUAAGCCUUUUCUUCAAAGUCCUUUGACCGCUUACUUUAAGUCUUCAGCCAAUAAGAAACUGAAGCCAACAUCAGAGGCUUCUCCUGCGUCGAUUCGCGAGUUUUUGCGCAGACACCAAUGGCCGCAAAUUCUUUGCCUGCAAGAAAUCAAGAUAGGACCAUCAGAUGACCAAGUGUUGAGGGCGCUCAAACGCGCUGUCAACAUUGGAUGCGGCUCGAACGAGCCCACGUACGAAGUUUUCGCGAACCUCCCACGCGAUCCGUUCAAUGCUCAAGGUCCUGGGAGUAAGCGACGCAUAUACGGGGUCGCCUGCGUUGUGCGUUCUGAUUUUCAUGGCAAAUACGUAUCGCGCGUCAGAACCGUAGAUUGGGAUGCCGAGGGCCGUUUUGCUGUCAUUGAAAUACACGACCCUACCACGGACGCAAAGUUGAGUAUUUGGAACGUCUACGCGGUGAACGGGACAAGCAGCGAGUACCGCGAUCCGAGAACAGGCGAAGUUGCAGGCACGCGACAUGAUCGGAAACUAGCUGUGCACAAGCUGAUGAUGGAGGAAUGCCUGAAACUCGAGCGUGAAGGUUGGAGCAUCCUCAUCAUUGGCGAUCUAAACGUUGCACCCUCCAGAAUAGAUGGGCACCCCAAUUUGAGGGAAUUUCCCAGACAGCACGUUAUCAAUCGAGAGGACUUCAACACCCGCUUCCUCGAGCCGGGAAAUGUGGGCGGAUUUCGGGGAAUAGACGUAUGGCGUGCUCUAAGGGGUACAGAGCGCAAAUAUACGUAUUAUCCUCGGAGUAUACCUUGGGGUAGUAGUUGUGAUAGAGUGGACUUGGCAAUAGCCUCGAGGAAUCUAAUGUCUGUUCACAAUAACUGGAAGAUUGUAGGCUGUGAGAUUUGGAACACGAAGCAGGAAAGAGGCUCGAGUGAUCAUUGUCCCAUAAGCGUAACGAUUAAAACAGUGAAGGGCGCUGAUUCGAGCGAAGGAGCAGCGUGAAAAAUUAGAGCGAAUGUUUUCUAACUUUCGGCGAAACUGAUCUGCCAGGAGCUACAUGAUUCGGCGUCUGAAAGACAGGAUAAGAUGUGAGGUGCAUGACACCCAUGGGUGGAACGGUUCAGAAACAGGAGCAUGGAAAGGCAAUUCUUCGACACCCAUGUUGUGACUUGGGAGUUAUUGAACUCUUGCCCGGCUGAGGCUCUGCUUCGUAGGAGACGACGUAGCAAGUCAGAGACAAACAAAGACAGCCAACUCCCAAGGAGCACCAUGGUUCAGCGCUGUACGUGCGAAAAAGGGAAAAGUGAGAUGUCUGAAUACCAAUUUGACUUACGAUUUCGAUGGAAUACAGUAAAAAGGUGGCGAAUUGGUUCUAUUAGAGAGCAUCGGAGC